AUGCGUUGGAGCUCACAUUAUGGUACUCUUCUAAACUUUACUGUCAUGUUUUCUUCCAUAAUUGAUGUGUUGGAUGAAAUAGCAUUUGAUAAAGUGAGUUCUGAUCAGAAGCAUGAAGCUUUUAUUUCUUUGAAGUUGCUGCAAUCAUUUGAUUUCAUAUUCAGUUUGCAUUUGAUGAGAAUUAUACUUGGAAUCACUCAUGAGUUAUCACAAGCACUACAAAAAGAUGAUCAGGACAUAGUGAAAGCUAUGGAUUUAGUGAAAGUGUGCAAGAGAAAAUUGCAGACUUUUAGGGAGAGUGGAUGGCUUUCUUUGUUUGAGCAGGUUGUUCUAUUUUGUGGAAAAGAGAAUAUUAGUGUUCCAAACAUGGACGAUCAAUAUGUAUGUCCAGGAAAAUCAAGGCGUAGAGCUCCUGAAAUGACAAAUAUGCAUUACUAUCGCUUUGACUUCUUUUGUGCAGUAAUUGAUUUCCAACUUCAAGAGCUAGAUAACCGUUUCAGUGAGGCUACUACUGAACUUCUCCUUUGUUUGGCAUCUCUAAGUCCUAAUUAUUCAUUUGCAGCUUAUAAUAAGCAAAGUUUGAUGCGUCUUGUUGAGCUUUAUCCUCAUGAUUUUUCUGCAUCAGAGUUGUUGUUGCUAGAAUGUCAGUUAGAGACUUAUAUUGAUGAUAUGCGAUCUAAAAACAAGUUCCAAGAAUUGCAAGGGAUUGCUGAUCUUGCAAAGAAAUUAGUUGAGACAAGAAAGCAUAAGACAUAUCCUUAUGUUUAUUUGCUGAUCACUUUGGCUCUAGUACUUCCUGUUGCAACAGCCUCUGUUGAAAGAGCUUUCUCUGCCAUGAAUAUUAUAAAGAAUCGAAUUCGCAAUCGAAUGGGAGAUCAAUGGAUGAAUGACUGCUUAAUUGUAUAUCUUGAGAAUGAUAUAUUCAAUUCCAUUGACAAUGAGUCUAUUAUUCAGCGUUUUCAAAACAUGGCACCUCGUAGAGGACAAUUAUAG